GCACACACAAAGCAGUGGAGGGCUGUGGUGGGUGAAGACGCACGCGGACCUCCAGUGUGAUCGACCUGCGGCUCCGCGUCGUGGUGGUGGCAACAUGUCCGUGAACGAGGUGUUCGUGUUCCGGCCCUUCAAGCUCAUCGCGCUGCUCUGCGUCUUUCUGGCUCUGAGUCUGGACGUGGUGGCUCUGCUCAGCCCGUCCUGGGUCACCGCGGACCACUUCUCCCUGUCCCUGUGGGAGUCCUGCUCCCAGUCCGAGGCGCGCGCUCCGGCGGAGGAGGCUCCGUGGAGCUGCUUCUCCACCCUCACGUCUGACUGGCAGAUUGCCACCCUGGUGCUGCUGGUGGCCGGUGCUGUGGCAACUCUCUUGGCCUUCCUGGUGGCCCUGAUUUCCCUCUGCAGGGGCACACAGCGGCGCCACUACCGCACCGUGGCCGUGCUGCUCUUCACUGCAGUGGUCCUGCAGUCCUGCGCUCUGGUCCUCUACCCCAUCAAGUUCAUCGACGGGACGGUCCUCCAGACCUACCACGAGUUCAACUGGGGCUACGGCCUCGGCUGGGGGGCCACCAUCUUCAUGCUGGGGGGGGGGAUCCUCUUCUGCCUGAGGACGGACAUCUACGAGGACGCCAUCCGGCGUCGGGGAUGGAGGGAUGACGAGCGGAGAGCUUUCUGGACGUUACCACGGUGACGUGGAUCUCUCUCAUGCUGGAGAAGCGGGACGCACCUGAACGCACCUGAACAGUUCAAGGGAUCCACGUUUCCUUUUUUCAUUUGUUUUCUUUUCUCCGCAUUGUAUUUAUGGCAUCCCCCCCCCCCCCCCCCGUGAUGCCGUCUGAUAUUAGAGUUGUACAUGAGAUGUAUGCCGGAGCUCUCCAGUUUUUUAUAGUUUGUUUGCAAACUCACACGUGUCGGUUUCAAAUUAAAAUAAAAUGUAAAUGUGUACAAAGUAUUUCUACAUGAAGGAAAUAAACAAUAAACAAUAGUAUUAGA